AGUUGUUCUAAAAAAUGGCGGUAAAUUCGCACACUGAACCAGAACAGUCAAACUUUACAUUAAAUUUAUCGCGAAAAGAAGAACGUCUCCCAUUUGUGUUCCAAUGCAAAGGAUGUAACAACAUAAUCGGAGAUUCCUCUGCUUUUACUUCGUCCGACCAAGAGCUAGAAGUAAUUUGUUUAAAUGGUAAGUGCCGCAAGUGUGUACAUCAGCGAUCCAUGCUUGCAAUGUAACUUGCAUGUAUUCACUUAAUUAAUUUUGAAGUAAGCUUAUGUAGGUUUCUUUUUACCGCUUUAUAUUAGCUUACUUUAUUCCGAAAUUGAUUCUAAAUCUAGAAAACCCAUUGCCGAAGGAGUCCCUUGGAUUUACUUUCGUUCUAGAACGUUGUUGAAGAAAAAAUGCUAAAGCUCCGGUUUGGGUGGGGUGGGGUGGGAGGGGAUAGGUUUCUUUUACAGGUCACCGAAUAAUUUCCGCUCGAUCAAAAACAACAUUUUGGAUAAGAAUUAGAGCUAGGAGACACUUUUAGUCUUGUUUAUUUAUCUGUAGCACAGUGACCUGUAUUCUGACCUGUAGAAUGCGAUAUGUUGAAAAUACCUGCCAUAGUGUGGGGGGAGGGGGGGAAUAGGCUCUAGUAAGUAAAGGAAGAUUCCACAAUGCAGGACAAUGGAAAAUUCCUCACCUCUAAGCAGCCCUGACAAAAAAAAACACCACCAAGGGAACUAAAUUAGACUUGACAAAUGUCCAGGUGAGGAGAGGGGAUGGGUCAUAAUUGCUAGAAAAUGUACGCAAUUCCCACUUACAUUCUUGCUAUUAUCUCUAGAAAUCUUUGCAAAAUGUUUAACAGCCAUUGGGUUUGAAAUUUUUAUCUCUCAUAGCUGUAACAUCACUUGUUAGCUCUCAAGAGUGUCUGGAAACAUCCACUGAAGGACCAGAUAUGGGAAGGUAAGUUUGAUUUGUGAAAUUUUAAAUGAAUCUUGAUCAGGUUUUUAACAAAUUUAAAUUCCCACUUGUGCUAUAAUGCUUCAAAAGAUGUGAAAAUCAAAAUCCUUAAGAAUGAGAUAGUACAGCUUAAACUUAAAAUUCUGAGGUGUAUAUGUUGCAGGUCAAAAUAGAAUUCAGGUUAAAAAAUUUUAACCUACAAUCGCCGACAAGAAGGGGAACAAAAGAAUCCACGCCCCUCCCCUGUCCCCUCCAUUCAAAGUUGGGACGUUGUUGUUUUCUAUAGGUGGCUUGAACAUUGGCACAACAUUGCUUGGAGGGGAUAGCGGAGGAAAUGCUAUAUUUCCUCUUUUUGAAGUUCAAAAAACGUUAAAAAGCCAAGUUUUGGGCAAAGUGUCUCAACUCACUUUGUCACUGAUUGUAGGUUGAAUCACAAUUUUCUUUGUUUCCUAGCCCGAAACAAAGAAAAUUGAGAAUCAACCUAGGUUAAAAAAUUUUUAACCCAAAUUUAAUUUUGACCAGAUGUAACAUAUAUUUCCUGAAGGUCCAAAGAUUGUCACUUCCGAGUAACAUGUAGAAUGUCAUUGAUUUACCUUGAAUCUCCUUUGUAGCACAUUUAGGCCUCUACAAUGCAUGUCCUGCAAAUCAGUUAUUGGACGAGUCUAUCGAACUACUCCGCGAGAAUUGGAUCACUUCAGGUAUAGAUAUACAUCUUAGAGGUAAUUUAGUUUGUAUUCAGAAUUAGCUACUGUACAUCUGUAUCACAUUACGAUUUGCGUGAAACUCGUAGAGAGUAAUUAUUACUAACAGUAAAGAAUUUUUUUUGUAUUUCAUUCUUAGGGAUAUGUUUUGCUUAGAUGUGGAACAUAUACGAAGGUAAAAAGCUUUUUGAAGUUGGUGACCAGUCAUACAUCUUGAAACUAGGGGUUAUUUAUUUCACCACUAAACAAGCUCCUUGUUGAGACAGAAAAUAAAGGUAAAUGUUUAUCUUCCAGCUAUCAAGUGGGCUCUGGAAGUGCAACACAGAGCAUUGCCGGAGAAUCUGAUGAUUUUCUUGAUGUACCAUCAGCUAAGGCCCUUCAAAAUCGAAUUACCAAGGUACGCAUUUAUUUUUCUGGUCAGAUUCAGCAGUAUUUUGUUUUGUUCAUCUGAAAUUAAUUAAUGAAUGGGUAGGGCUAGCUCAUGGUGUACUGUGGAUUUAGGUUUGAUAACAAAAGUCAGAUAAUUUAUAUGUUUAUGUGGAAACUUUUGUGGUAAUUAGAAUCUGAUGUCCAAACCUUUUCACCAUAGUGAUUUCCUUUGUUUUGUCGUAUGGAUUAUUAACCCAUUCACACCUGAACCUCUCGUUACCACUUAUGUAGUUCCUCAUUCCUUGUACCAUUUGUGAUGUCAUCAGUUUUAACAGUCAUAGACAAAUUUGACCAAAACUUGUGGUGGGGGAAGAGAUCUUUGGAACCAUACCCAAUUUAGAACAAUAAUCUUUUGCCCUCUGUGCAAGAGCGUACUUUGGAAGGUAAUACUAACCUUAUAGAAUCAAGAACCAAAGGCCACAUAAUGGUCAACUUAUAAACAACGUUUUGCGCAGUUCUUUUUGCCAGACAGUGACCAGAAAAUGAUUUAACUAGCUUCGAAAGGCAUUUGGAAGCUAGUCACUUGAAGUGGCUUAAAAAACUUCUAAAAGGCUUGAGCACUGUCCAGAUAAGACCCUUGUCAUGAGUGUCUGAUAUAGCUUCUUUUGCCAUCAAUAAUUCUCUAUAGUUAUUAAUUAUUCUGAUUACUGCAUUGAACAGAUUGAAUGUGUGAUAUUAAUGCUAAUGGAAAGGAUGGGCCUCCAGGAUUUGACCAGUAAAGAAAACAACAGCACCAUGUCUUCAAACAGCCAUGUUACAGCAGAAGAAGAAGACAACGAGAAGCCAGAAUACAAGCCAAGCAAAAAGAAAAGAAAGUAGAUUGUUCUAACUUGAUUCUGUGCAUGAUAACU